GCAGCGGCCAAGGAGAGACUGGUGGCCAUUCCAUUGCCGUCCAUCCCUGCUUCGUAUACGGAGGAGCAACGUGUGCUGUUCCUGGCUGGAUUCGUUAGCACAGAGAAUAUCCUGAUGGUAUGGUUGCUAGGCGACACCAUUCAAGUAGGCUGA